UAAUUUAUUGCAUUGAUAAAAUGUGCAUUUAAUUUAUGAUGAGCACCUAAUCAAGAUCUAAUUAAGUGGACUACAUCUCGUCAUUAUAAAUUAGAUGUAUAUUCUAACAAUGCAAUAAAUAAUUAUAAAGCAAAAAAAAAUUAUGUACUGGAAGAACGCAAUAUAUUAUUACUACUGUUGAUGAUAAGUUUAAUCCAUUAAUUGUAUAUUAUUUAAGUACCUUAACCUAAUUAUUCAAAUAAUUGUGCGAUCAUUAUUUACUGACCAAUCCAAUGCUUCUCAAAUAAACUUUUAUUAUCAAUCUAACGUUAUAACUAUGAUAUUUGAAUGAUAUAAUUAUUUGUUAGCUUGAAGAUCAUCAAUCAAUAUUACUUUAAUUACUCUAGAUAGCAUUAAGUAAUGUAUCUUAAUUAUUUAAACCUACGCAAUUAUUACGUAAAUUUUAAUAAUAGAUUAUAAUAGUAAUUAUUCGGUGUUAAACUCCCUUCGUUAAUAUCCUAACACUUAUAUUAAAACCUUACGAUUUUAAUUUCAAAGAUGUUUAUGUGACUGAACAGAUACUACAGUCCAAUAUGAUAAUUGAUUAAUUAAUAACCCUCACUCACUUAAGCUAAAGAAUAACGCUGAUGAUAAUACAAACGACAUAACUCAUCGUUCUAUUCGUUACAUUAUAUGGUACUUUUCAUUACUGAGUUUAUAUUUAGUUAAUUUAUUUCUUAAUAGAAAAUGUCAGUGGUGCCUUUAAUGUAUCGCGAUUGGUGGGAUGACUUUGAUCGUCCAGUAUCCAGAUUGAUAGAUCAACACUUUGGAAGUGCUCUAAGCCGUGAUGAUUUAUUUUCAACAUAUAAUAUCAAUAGACCACGUUCAGUUUUUCCUACCUCUAUGUAUUACAGACCAUGGAGAAAUUUCACAAGAUCUAAUUCCAGUGGUGCAAGCACCAUCCAGUGUGACAAAGAUAAAUUCGAAGUAAUCUUAGACGUACAACAAUUUUCGCCAGAUGAAAUAGUCGUCAAGACAGUUGACAACAAUGUUAUUGUAGAGGCAAAACACGAAGAAAAAAAAGACGAGCACGGCUAUAUCAGUAGGCACUUUAUAAGAAGAUAUAUUCUUCCCUCAUGUCACGACCCCCUGGAAGUUACAUCAAGUCUUUCUUCAGACGGAGUGCUUACAAUUACUGCGCCCAAAAAGGUAACGGAUGUUAAGCUUUUAACUAUAUUUUCUCACCUGCCUCUCAAACUCAUAAGCCCAGCGAGCAGAGCUCGCUUACGAGCUCCUAACUAUCCGGAUUUUAAACUAUAGCUUUUGUUGAUGUGACCUUUCUUUUUACUUUUCAAUCAAUUUAUAAAUAAAGAACUUAAUCUGCUUCCAUUAAUUGGUAUUCUUUAUCACCGUUUGUAUAUUCGGCGAAAAUGUUGUUGACGCUACAUCCCGAACGCAAUGCAAGCACUAAAUAAUAAACAAAAGAACAUUUCUAUUAUAGACAAUAAUUUUAAAUUGACUUUCCGUUUUUUUUUUUUUUUUUAAAUAUUGAAAGAAAAAAUUUUUGGGUAAAUGUUUAUCUUACCUAUUACUUGCUUGGUUUAUUCAUUGAAAAUGACCAGAUUUUGUUCAAACCUGACCCAGCACAGGAGUAUUAGA